GCGGGCCGGGUCCGUGAGGAAGGCCUAGGCCGUCUGCUUCACGGCUUGCCGAGCGUCUGCGCAGCUUCUCCCGCUUCCCGUCCGCUGCGGCCGGGCGAGCAGAGGCCUUCCGGAGCCAUGGAGGACGAGGUGAUUCGCAUUGCCAAGAAGAUGGACAAGAUGGUGCAGAAGAAGAACGCGGCUGGUGCAUUGGAUUUGCUGAAAGAACUUAAGAAUAUUCCCAUGACUCUGGAAUUAUUACAGUCCACGAGAAUUGGAAUGUCUGUCAACGCUAUUCGCAAGCAGAGUACAGACGAAGAAGUCACAUCUUUAGCCAAAUCGCUUAUCAAAUCCUGGAAAAAAUUAUUAGAUGGACCAUCAACUGAUAAAGACCCUGAAGAAAAGAAAAAAGAACCUGCAAUUUCAUCACAGAAUAGCCCUGAAGCAAGAGAAGAAAGUAGUUCCAGUGGCAAUGUAAGCAGCAGAAAGGAUGAGACAAACGUUCGAGACACUUAUGUUUCAUCUUUUCCUCGGGCACCAAGCACUUCUGAUUCUGUGCGGUUAAAGUGUAGGGAGAUACUUGCUGCAGCUCUCCGAACAGGAGAUGAUUACAUUGCUAUUGGAGCUGAUGAGGAAGAACUGGGAUCCCAGAUUGAGGAAGCUAUAUAUCAAGAAAUAAGGAAUACAGACAUGAAAUACAAAAACAGAGUACGAAGUAGGAUAUCAAAUCUUAAAGAUGCAAAGAAUCCAAAUUUAAGGAAAAAUGUGCUGUGUGGGAAUAUUCCUCCUGACCUGUUUGCUAGAAUGACAGCAGAGGAAAUGGCUAGUGAUGAGCUCAAAGAGAUGAGGAAAAACUUGACCAAAGAAGCCAUCAGAGAACAUCAGAUGGCCAAGACAGGUGGGACCCAGACUGACUUGUUCACGUGUGGCAAAUGUAAAAAGAAGAACUGCACCUACACACAGGUGCAAACUCGUAGUGCUGAUGAACCAAUGACAACAUUUGUCGUAUGUAAUGAAUGUGGAAAUCAGUGGAAGUUCUGUUGAGUUGGAAGAAUCGGCAAGUUUCCUAGGCUUUCACAAAGCCCCUCACAGGCAUACUUCUGGUGAAUAUUCCCCCAUAGAAGACAUGCUGGGAAGAAAAUGUCAGCAUCUUAGUAGAGUUCCUGGAGACAGCAUGACUGGACUUGCACUUGGAAAUCUACUGACCAAGGAUUAAGCCUAAGAACUGUAUAAAUCAUUAAGCUGUGCAUAUGGAGAUUGCAAAAAGAAAAAGAAAAAUCUUUUAGUCUGAAUCUUUUGUGCUGACUUUUUUCUUACAUGAUGAUGUUGAGCCAACUGAAAUGUAGGCUAUAGCAAGUAGUUUUACAAUACAUAUUUCACAAUUAAGUUUUACCUUUGUUUAAAUGUGUCCCGCUUGUUUUGCUGGUAAUAAAAAGCAGUGGUUUUCA